CCACCUCUUUGAGCGCGCUGCGGGCAGGUAUUGCCGAGGCCACGGCGCCGUCCUGCCAGGAGACCAUCGCACAGGCCGUCACGUCUAGCGGGCUCUACCCCUGGGCGGAGUCGGUGGUGGAAGCCUGCGAACGUGCCGAGGAACCCUCGGUGACGCUUGAAGUCACACUGGAACCAGCCUCCUCCUCACCGCCUCCCCUCGACCCGCCGUCUGUCAAGGAACUAGGAGUUGCAGUUCCCCCUGCGGGUUUGACAAUGGAGGAGAUCAUUCAGAUCCUGCUUGACGAGACGAAACAUUACAAAGCUCUCGCCUCGGUGCCCCUCGGUAGGAAAGAGGAUGUCGGUUAUUUGGUUUCAGAUGAGCGUAACAUGGAGCGUCGAGUCCGCGGUCAGCGCUCGCGUUUCCAGGAUGAUGUUGGCAAGUGGCGAUACUCCCUCUCCCCGAAGUUGACGUACGUCAUGGACCAGUCGGGGGUGCGGCGUGUCAUGAAGAGCGACCCCGGCGUGUACUGCGUGCGAAGUCAGGUGGACGGAAUCCAGGUGUGGCUGCCGAUGACGCCCCAGCCUUCCGACGAGUCCACCGUCGUGGAACUGCAGCGCAAUUACAGCACGCUGGCACGCGACUCGUCUUACAAGCGGAAAGUGACGUGGAUAAAUGCGUGCUACCCGGGGCCGGCCCUGACCCCCGCAGUCGCCUGGUAUGAGUAUAUGGGCCGCUGGCCGGACGCCAGCGGGCGGGGCAAUGCCCCGACAACGGAGCAGCCCAGAGCUGGUGGGCGGCGCGUCCCGACCGAGACCGCCCCCGCGGGGGACGACCCGGACGAGGCACCGCUCGAGGCGAUGGAGGUCAGCUCCGAGUCGGCAUUGUCCGACGCGGCGGAGGUAGGCAUUCCGAUACCCCACCGGCCUGCGAAUGGAUGA